GAACUCUUAACACCACCGUCGCUCGACUCGACAGGCACAGUAAAGGAGAGAAGAGAUGGAGCAGGAACACGAAGAGCAUGAAGUGUACGGAGGCGAUAUUCCCGACGACGCGGAGAUGGACGCAGAUUUCAGAGUUGAUGAAGAAGAAGACCAAGAAGGACAUCAACAUGACCCCGAUCAGUCUAAUAAGGACCUGGAGGACAUGAAGAAGCGGCUCAAGGAAAUCGAGGAAGAAGCUAGUGCCCUUCGUGAAAUGCAGGCUAAGGUUGAGAAAGAGAUGGGUGCUGUUCAAGAUUCAACUGGUUCUUCUGCAAGUCAAGCUGAGAAGGAGGAAGUGGAUUCCCGGUCAAUCUAUGUUGGUAAUGUUGACUAUGGAUGUACACCUGAAGAAGUCCAGCAACAUUUUCAGUCUUGUGGAACUGUGAACAGAGUGACAAUAUUGACAGACAAAUUUGGUCAACCAAAAGGAUUCGCUUAUGUCGAGUUUGUUGAGGUUGAUGCCGUUCAGAAUGCUCUCUUGUUGAAUGAAUCAGAGUUGCAUGGUCGUCAAUUGAAGGUCUCUGCUAAGCGUACAAACGUUCCUGGAAUGAAACAGUAUCGUGGAAGAAGACCUAUGGGUUUUCGACCUAGAAUGCCUUACAUGCCUUCUCCAUUCUAUCCUCCAUAUGGUGGUUAUGGGAGGUUUCCGAGGUAUAGGCGUCCGACACGUUACAGGCCAUACUAGGGCCCGGUUCAAAAUUAACAGAUGCCCAUAUUUAGGAGACCUUCAUGUUGUUACUUAGUUGUCAUGAUAGUCAUUUCUUUUUCGUGGGACAAGAGACUUGAAUCUUCAUUUGCAUGCCAGCAGUUAUGUCAUACCCUUUUUCUUCUCUAAAUGAAUGAUAUGGUCUAUAGAAUGAUGUGGUCUAUAGAUAGAGGUUGACAACUUUACUAAAUUUAUCUGUUCUUGGCAUUUCAGUUAACUGUGAAGAUUAUUUGUUAUAAAUGAACGAUGGACAUUGGACACA